AUGGCCCCUAUUCCUAAAGAAACCGUGCUUGACGCUCUCAUCGUGGGAGCCGGCUGUGGAGGGGUCUACCAACUGAAACACCUUCGUGAUGUUGGAUACAAGGUCAAACUAGUUGACAUUGCUAGCGACUACGCCGAUGUUUGGUAUUGGAAUCGUUAUCCGGGCGCCCGUGUCGACAGUGCCGUCCCUCUCCACCAGUUUUCAGACCCAGGCCUCUGGAAGGAGUGGAACUGGUCACAGAGGUUUCCGGGAAGUAAAGAACUACGCGAUUACUUCACUUUUGUUGCCGACAAAUGGGAUCUUCGCAAAGACACAGAGUUUAACGUCUACAUUUCAAAAGCUACUUGGGACGAUGAGACAGCAACCUGGACGAUCGAAAGCGGGGGAGGGAAUAUUUACCGCGCGAAGUAUUUCCUUCUUAACACCGGGUUUGCGGCUAAACGAUAUACCCCCGACUGGAAAGGCAUUGACAAGUUCCCUGCAUCUGCAUGGGUCCAUCCCUCGUACUGGCCCAAGGAGGAGCCCGACUUGACAGGGAAGAGGGUCGCUGUGAUUGGAACCGGCUCAACGGGUGUUCAGCUGGCCCAGGAGCUCAGCCAAGUAACAAAUCAGUUUAUUUUGUUCCAGAGAACGCCAAAUAUGGCCCUUCCUAUGAAACAAGUCGACUAUACGAAGCCUCUGACGAAGGAGAAAUACCCCAAGGUAUUUGACGGUCGUUAUGAGAGCUUUGGGGGUUUUGACUUUAGUUUUCUUCCUCGAGGCACUUUCGACGAUACACCUGCAGAAAGGGAGACGGAGGAUGCAAAUAAGGAGGCCUAUGACUUUUGGAAGAAGAAAGUCAGAGCGCGAAUUCAAGACCCACGCCUACAAGAGAUAUUAGCACCAGAAACACAACCCUACAGCUUUGGCUGUAAGCGGAUAUUUCUGGAGAAUGGAUUUUAUGAGAUAUUCAACCAAUCUAACGUCUCACUUGUUGACGUCAACUCUACACCUAUCGUCGAGGUUACAGAGCGAGGAAUCAAGACAACAGAGAAAGAAUGGGAAUUCGACUACGUUGUCUGCGCAACAGGAUUUGACGCGAUUACAGGUGGUUUGAUGAACAUCGAUAUCCAGGGCCAGGGGGGACAGAACAUCGCCGAAAAGUGGAAGUCAGGGGCCAGGACAUACCUCGGUAUGGCUACGGCUGGCUUCCCUAAUAUGUUCUUCACGUACGGGCCCCAAGCGCCUACAGCCCUAUGCAACGGUCCCACAUGUGCGGAAGCACAAGGGAGCUUCGUCCUCAAGGUAAUGGACCAUAUGAAAGAGAGGAAACUGCAAAGAGUAGAGGCAGGAAAGACUGCAGAGGCAACCUGGGGCGAUGACGUUCGCAAAUUUGCUAAUAUGUCUCUACUCCCAUCCACAAAAUCGUGGUAUAUGGGUGAUAACAUCCCAGGAAAGACCUAG